CUACAAACACCAUUCAUUUCCAACGAAAAAGAUAAAGACCCCCAACGCUCAAAAAACCUCCUCCUCCUCCUCCCUCCCCUGUUCACUCUCCCCUCCACCUUCAAAAAUCUUCAAAUACUCAACAGUCUCCAAAGAUUUAUGAAUGGCGUUAAGAGUCCACUUCCCAACCUUGCCCCUCUCCUUCUCCUCCUCUUCUUGCUUCAGUUCCAACCUCUCAAAAUUCCCAAGGCUCCAAACCAAAGCUCUCACCCCGAGAAAACCCGACAAAGCUUUUCGUCCAGGAUUCGGUUCGCCGGUGAAGAAGAUAUCAGCAUCUCUCCCUCCACUCGAUCUCACCGAAGACAACAUCAAACAAGCCCUUGAUGAUGCAAGGUCCGAGUUCCCUCAGAUAUUCGACGCGUCAGUCGGCAUGACAGGGGAGGUUGAUCUUGCAGAAUUGGACGGACCUUUUGUGAAGAUCAGCUUGAGAGGCCGGUUCUGGCACAAGAGAUCGACGGUUCUUGCCAGGAUCAGCAACUAUCUGAAGAUCAGGAUUCCUGAAAUUUUGGAGGUGGACAUUGAGGACGAGAAGCAGUUGGAUGACAGCCCGGCAAGUUUUUGAGGUUUGUGAGGGAAUUCACUACUACCGUUGAGAUAACUAGAGGAUGUUGGGAUUGUGCAGUGUGAUUCUUAUUGCGCUACGUUUGGGUACUUUGUUAACUUUGUACUCAAAUGAACUACAAUUUUUUAUAUUUAAAAAAAAAAAUCACAUUUGAGAGGAUUA